UGCUGCAUCUGCGAUACUGGACACUGGAGUGUGUUGAUCUUUCAUCAUCGAUCGCACUGUUGAAAAGUGAAAUUCCACGAUUCGCAUAAGCAAAUCCUCCUAUAAUGAACAUCUAAAUUAAACAAUUAUAUCCGCGAAACGUUACCGAUCAUUAUUGCCGAUCGUACAGUGUACGGGAAGCAACAGGGGAGGUCAGCCGCAAUAAACAAAAAAGGUUAAUUGCUGUGUGAAUUUGCAGUGGGUUGAAAAUUCAAGAACUGUCCUGCAGAUAGGUGGCAAACAUCAGCAGAGCAUUCGACUCAUUUUGGUUAGUUGGCAUAAUGCCUAAAAAGCUUCCGACCACCCCAGUAGGCAUCGCAAAGUGGAACCAGGAUUGGAAAUAACGUAUGCGACAGACAGUUUUUACCACAAAAGCACUGCGAUACAAAAUGAGUCUCAAAACAAGAGGAAUUGUAUUUGCUACCUUUUUCGGUAGUUGCUUAAUCGUAGGCUUUCUAGUGGCCGCUCUCACCACCGAUAACUGGGUGCAAUCCAGCGCUAAAAGGUACAAUUCAACUGAAUCGCAAGGCCGUAUAAAUUUCGGGCUAUUCAGCGGUCAAAAACAUCUCAACGUUGCGUACGGUUGGCGCAGACAUGAGGUCAACAUUUUGGCGGUACUUCAGGAUGAACCGGAUGUGAUGAGCUACUGGUUGUGGCUUGGAACAACAAUUGGAGUUGGACUCGGUGCGCUAAGCGGAGCUGUAGGAGCUAUAGCAUCUGUCCUGAAGUCAUCGUCGGCAUCGAAGAAAACAGGCACAAUACUGGUGUUGUUCAUCAGUAACUUUUUAUCCGGGAUAUCGCAGGUUCUUUCGUUCAUUUGUUGGUUGUUACAAUUUAUUCAAUACCUGAGAAAUAACGUAUUGAUUGCGGAGGACCGGAACAACAAUUGGUAUAGUACGGGAUUGGCUGCCCUAGGUACUAGCUUCUACUUAGUGGUGGCAGGAUUUAUAGUGGUAAUCAUAAACCUUGUGUUACUGACUGUGGCCGUGAAAAUGGAGAAGCGAGAGCGGAAUCGCAUGCUAGAGCCUCAGACCGAUGAGAAGACGCAAGGCGCAAUUAUGCUAUACUAAAAAGCUGCUAGGACGUUAACGCUCAAUCAUUCGAAUAGAUAUGUAAUUCUGCGGUAUCCAGUUACAACACAAGUGUUGUAGUUUUUUACUUAAAUCGAACAGAAAUGCACCAACUGCAAACAAAACUCAUGUUAGCCAUACUUUGGAACUAAAGAGAAUUUUUUAAGUAUUUAGAAUUAAGCGAAGUUUACGAAAAUAAUAUGUAAAUCGUGGAAAUUAGUAUUUCUUACCUUUUUGAAUCCAU